AUGCCUUCAUGGCAAAAAGCAUAUCGAAAUAAUAUAUCAAAUAUGAUUAAAUCGAACGAUUUCGUUAAAGUUUGGUCAUCAUAUGAUGAUAUAUUUAUAUCAGCUAAUAGCGAUUAUAUGACACCAGCACUUCACAAUAUUUAUAUGUUAAAUAAAACUCAACAGUUACUUGGUCAAAUGCCUAUAUCGCAAGCUACAACGCAAAUAUUUGUUGCUUUUCUUUUCGAACUUCUUUUCAAGCCUUCUAUAGCUGUUCGUAAUCGAGUUGAUUCUAUAUUAAUUAACUCUCGUCAUCGACAUCUUAUUUGUUUGCAUAUUCGUAUUGGUAAAAAUCCAACUAAUCCAUUGGAUGUUGCGUUUACAGCUCGAGAAAAUACAACAAAAUCAAUGAUAGACUUUGUUGAUAAUUAUUUAUUAAACAAAUCUUCAUCACUUAUUUUUGUUACAUCUGAUAGUAGUCAAGCUGUAUCAGAUAUUUUACGUCAUUAUCCAAACUCAUCGAUGUCGAUUGUUGGCCCUAUUUUACAUAUUGAUAGAUUUGAUCGACGAUCACCAACUAUAUGUGAUGGAUUUGUUAAAGUCAUAGCCGAUUUUUAUCUUUUAGGCGAAUGUCAAACAUUACUCUUAUCAACUAGUGGAUUUUCAUCAUGGGCUAAUCUACGAAGAGAAAAUCCGAAUGAAGAAUUGUAUCAUUAUAAUGAAAAAUUAGGAAAAAUAAAAAAGUUAAUUAAUUAA